AUGGACUGGGAUCAUCUCGCUGAAGAGAAUUCACAGCGAUUCUUCGCUAGCUGGCUGAAGCUGCUAUCGCAGGAAUCGCCUGCGUUGCCCCUAAAGCUUGCAGCCAUUCUAGGUGGUGGCUGCUGGGGCUGUGGGCCUUAUAUUGUUACUACGUUCCUCGAGGAAAUCCUGCUGUCCGAACACCUCCGAAACCUGAAGUCAUCCAGUUUGAACCCCAAGAUAUCAGAUUCCGACCUGCGGAAGGCUUAUUUCAUAAUGGCUCGUAUCCUGCUGGAGCUUGUGAAGCCAGAAUUUCCUGCCAUUGGGGCCUUGGAAGCUGGAACCUGGAAAGUGACCAAACGACCAUUAACCCUUAACAUGAACGAACUCGUACGCGUUGGAAACCUUCCUCCCAGUAUUUUUGCUCAAAAGAAGUUUCAAACGGCAUCCGAAUAUUUUAAAGAACUUGCGACACAGCAAUUUCUUCAUCUCCAGUAUCAGCGUAAUGAUGCAGUAGAAGAUGAACAUGACUGCCGCAAGAAAUACAUUGCACGGUGUCUUUUCCGGAAGAUUGCACGCGACAUGCAGACAGAACAAGGCCCCUUCCAUCUUUACUGUGAUGAUCUUCGGCCUUCAAACAUACUUAUCUCCGAAGAAGACUUUAUGAUCACCGGCGUCAUUGACUGGGAAUUCACCUAUGUGGCGCCAGUUGAAUUCACUUACACUGCUCCGUGGUGGCUCCUUUUCAAAAGCCCAGAGGCUUGGGAAUCAGAUUUGAACUCCUUCUUCGCCCGUUACAAGGCACAUCUCCAAGUUUUCCUCGGGGUGCUCCGAGAUUGUGAGGACAGGCAGAUCCGAAAGGGUUCGAUAAUGGAGUCGCAGCGGCUAUCCGGUCGAAUGGCGCGCUCAGUUGAAAAUGAGCUCUUUUGGUUCUGUCUUGCAGCAAGGAAAAGCUACAUGUUUGAUGACAUUUACUGGACAUUUCUUGAUCAGAAAUAUUUUGGCUCGCUUGACUCUUUGAAUGAUAGAAUAUCCCUUUUGUCUCAGCAGGAGCAGGAUGAACUGAAUGGUUUCAUCCAGAGAAAAAUGCAACAGGCUGCAGAAAAGAGUUUGGAUGAACACUUGACUGUUGAUGAAAUUAUUGCUCUCUAA